CAGAGAGAGUGCGCUCGAGAUAGAAUGUCCAGAGACCCCUACUCGAGUGGAAGCGGCGUGGUCGGUCCAGGAGGCGGUACACGUUCUCCCCGAAGUGGUCGUAGAGUUGGAGAACUUCCAACGGUCGACCGAAGUCCCUCUAGAAGCUAUGCAAGUGGUCGCGGAAGUCCCCUGGGUCGAAAACGGGGAACCCGAAGUGGUAACAACUCUCCGGAACACCUUGGAUACGGAAGCUACCAUCAUCAUGCACUGGGCAGCCCCUACUAUUCGCGCGACGACGACUUAGGCAGUCCUGUGAUGAUCGACGAGAGGGGCAGGAGUAUGUCAACUGGGGCUGGCGUUCAUCACCGUUCUAGAAGUGCAUCAAGGCCAGCCAUGUCCAGCUCAACGGGUCUCACGGCCAGGUACACCAGCCUUGACAGGGCGUCAGCGGGAAUUUUGGAUCAUGACAGGGAAUUCGUCCCCAUCAGAGAUCCUCGGGAGCGCAGCAGAGACCGAGGCCUCUAUCUUGAGGAUGAUCUCUAUGGCUCGAGGUCGGCCAGGCAAAGCCCCAAUCCUCACAUGCUUCGUGAUGGAGGAAAUUACAUCGGUGAACUGCAGCACCAAAACAACGAUCUUCAGCGCGAGCUCGGAAACCUCAAAAAAGAACUUGAGUUAACGAAUCAGAAACUCGGGAGUUCCAUGCACAGUAUAAAAACAUUUUGGAGCCCCGAGCUCAAAAAGGAGCGACAGCUGAGAAAGGAGGAGAGCACCAAGUACAGUCUCAUUAAUGAGCAGCUCAAACUUCUCAACUCGGAAAACCAGAAACAAAGCAUGAUGGUUCGGCAACUGGAGGAGGAGCUGAGGCUGCGGAUGAGAGGCCCGAGUAUUGAAAUGCAGCAGCAGAUGGAAGUUUUAUACAACGAAAACGAGCACCUAACUCGGGAAAUUGCAAUACUUCGCGACACGAUAAAGGAGCUGGAACUGAGGAUAGAGACGCAAAAGCAAACGCUGCAAGCUCGGGACGAAAGCAUCAAGAAGCUCCUAGAAAUGCUUCAAAACAAGGGAAUGGGAAAAGAAGAAGAGAGGAUCAUGUUCCAGCAGAUGCAGUCCAUGGCCCAGAAGCAGCUGGAUGAGCUCAGAACAGAAGUGCAGCGUCGGGACCAGGAACUCUUAGGGAUGUCUGCCAAAAUGAGGACUUUGGAGGAACAACACCAGGACUACCAGAGACACAUAGCCGUCCUUAAAGAAUCUCUUUGUGCUAAGGAGGAGCAUUAUAAUAUGCUCCAGGCAGAUGUGGAAGAAUUGAGGCUACGGCUGGAAGAGAAGAACCGACUUAUCGACAAGAAAACACAACUAGCAAUUCAAGCACAACAGGAACGAAAUCGCUUUAACACUGAACUGACGGAACUGAAGGACCACAUGGACAUUAAGGAUCGUAAGAUCAACGUUCUUCAACGAAAGAUUGAAAAUUUGGAAGACCUGCUAAAAGAAAAGGAUAACCAAGUUGACAUGGCUCGAGCUCGCUUGACAGCAAUGCAAGCGCAUCAUUGUAGCAGCGAAGGUGCUUUAAGUAGUCUUGAAGAAGCAAUUGGUGACAAAGAAAAGCAAAUGACACAGUUGCGAGAACAGAGAGAUCGUGCAGAACAAGAAAAGCAAGAGGAAAGAGAACUGCAUGAACGGGAAAUUGCCGAGUAUAAAAUGAAAAUCCACGCUCUAGAGUCCGAAGUAGAGAAACUUGGUGCACGAUUGGAAAGAGCUUUAGCAGAGAAGGAUCGCCUGGAAGCGAAAUUAGAAAGUUCGCAGUCUGAACUCGGUAAGAGUAAAGCAGAGUUAGACAAAGCAGCAUCUGAAGUUGGUCGCAGUGGGGCAGAUUGGGAGGCUGCCAAGCAGAAGUUGACGAGACUGGAGCUGGAGAACGAAAGGCUCAGGCAUGAUAUUGAGAGGUCACAGACCACUUUUGGCAGAAAUACAAUGACUUCUUCUCAAGAAAUGGACAGAGCUCAAGAGAGAGCUGAGAAAGCUUCCACGGAACUUAGAAGAGCUCAUGCUGAACUCAGAGUGACUCAAGCUGACAGCGAGAGAGCGAGAGCUGAAGCUGCUGCUCUUCAAGAAAAGGUCGAAAAGAGUCAAGGUGAAGUCUAUCGACUCAAGGCCAGACUGGAGAACGCGCAGACUGAACAAGAGAGCCUACGCGAUGAGUACGAUCGUGCACAGGCAACUGUAGCUCGGUUGCACUCAGAGAGGGAUAAGGCUGUGGCUGAGCUUGAAAAAGCUCAGGAAGAGCUUGAGCGGACUCAAGCCACCUUGGGCAAAGCUCAACUCCAGCAAGACAAAGUACAAAACAUUCUAGAUAAGACUCAAAGUGAGGUAGAUAAGCUACAGGAAAAGUGGGAUAAGGCUCAAACAGAAAUUCGUAGAAUGCAAAUGGAGAGAGAAAAACAGAGCUAUGAUUUCGAAAACCUGCAGAGUCAAUUGGAUAAGGCUCUUGGACAGUCUACAAGAAUGCAAAAGGAGCGAGAAACAAUUCAAUUGGACGUUGAUCGCCUUCAGGACAAAUACGAAAAAGCUCAGAUUAUUAUGCAACGACUACAAAAGGAGCGCGACAACUUCCAAGAGGAAAUGGAAAAACUGCAUGAGAGGCUGGAAUUCCAACAAAGCCAGACUGCGAAACUGCAGCGUGAUAAGGAAAAUGCUUUGUCAGAACUCGACUUAGUAAAGGAUAGAUGGGAGAAAGCCCAUACAUCCCAACAAAAAUUAUGCCUUGAGAGAGACGACGCCUUAACAGAAAUUGAAAUUCUAAAGGAGAAGAUGGAAAAAGCUCAGUACACUCUAAACAAGGCACACGAGGAACGAGAAAGUAGCAAUAAAGAGUGUGAGAAGCUAUUGGAGAAGUAUGACAGGGCCCAAAGUGAGGUCUACCGGCUGCAGAACCGAAUCGAAGUUCUGGAAUCAGACAAGGAUCGUCUGGAGCUGGAAGCAGAGAAACAGCAAAUGCUGGGUUUGAAGAGCAGAGAAGAAGCCCGAAAAGCCCAAGAAGAAUUAGCUCGAGUGCAGGAAAUGUAUGACAGGGCUGCUCUGCAACUUGGUCGUACGAAAGAACACGAAGAGAAAUCCAAAGAAGACCUGGAUCGGUUAAACGUUGAUCUCGAAAUGGUUCGAGAGAGGUAUGAGAAGACACAAAUUGAGAUGCGUCGUCUACAGAACGAGAGAGAAAAGCUGAUAGCUGAUAAUGAGAGGAUAAGCUUCGAGCUCGAGAGGGCUCAAUCACAGUUAAGCAAGGCUCAAGCCGCUACGGAAAAGACACAGGAGGAACUUGCUCGAAUGCAACUCGAGCUCGAGAAAAUGUACGAGAAACACGAUCGCCAGCAGGCUGAGGUCCGGAAGGCUCAGGCUGAGGCAGAAAGACUGCGAGCGGAAGCUGAGAGUUCGAGAGAUGAGAGCGAGAGGUAUGCGGCGCGUUUCGGAAAGUAUCAAGAGAGCACGGAACGCCAGAAGGAUGAGUACGAGAGAGCGAAGCUGGAGAACGAGAGGCUCCGAGAUCGACUAGAGAAGACCCUUGCAGAACUCGAUCGAGCAAGGAAGGCUGAACAGGAAGCCUCAAGGUUGCGGGCCGACUUGGAAAGGGAGCAGGGCGUUCGAGGUAAAUACCAGUAUGAGCAUGAGAAGUGGCAAAGCGAGGGUAGUAAACUCCAGCAGGAACUCGAGAGAACGAGAGAGCGCCUAGAAGUGCGAGAAAAUGAGCUCAAGAGGUCGCAGUCAAUGAUCGCUGACCUAGAAGCAAAGCUCCACGAGUCACAGCUGCAGCUUGAAAGAUCACGAGAUGAAGCCUUGAAGGCUAAAGCUUCAGAAGAAAAGAACAGAGGUGAAGUUGAACGGGCUCGUAUUGAAGCUGAGAAGAUAAAAGAUCGGUUUGACAAGAUGAAGGUACGAGCAGACGCCUUGGAAGCGGAUAAUGAGAAGUUAAGGGUCGAGAUAGUUCGCCUGGAGAGGCUUAUGCAGACUGAAGGUAAGACGAGAUCAGAGAGUGCCAGCAUUGAAGUGGAGAGGUUGCGGUCAAGUCUCGAUAAAGCGAUCACAGCAAGAGACCAGGUUGAGUUGGAAGCUGGUCGACUUGCAAAGGAGCUCGAGAAGUCUCAGAUGCAUAUUACCAAGUUCCAGGAAGCUGCCGAGAUAGCAAAGAAAGAGCUGGAGAGACUGACGAGCGAAAUGACGCUUUUGAGGGACGAGAGGGACGCGCUGAGGGUGGAACUCAGGCGAGCUCAGCAGCAUCAUCAGAUCGCUGGAAGCGAGGAGAUCAAUCGCCUCCAACACGAACUUCAGCUGGCACAGAGAGAUCGAGAUAAACUGGCUGCGAUUCACGAAAAUAGGGAGAAACACGCAGAUAAGGUUGAAAAGGCGAAAGAGAAGUUGGAAGCUGAAGCGAAGCAGCUGCAAGUCGAAAGGGACCAGCUGGUCAUUCAGCUGGAGAAGUCUCAGGAUAUGCUUAUGAAUUUCCAACAGGAGUUAAAUACGAGCGAAGCAGAAGGCGAGAAGCAGAGAGAGGAGGUACGCAGAUUGCAACAACAGGUCCAUCAGCUUCAGCAGUUGCAGCAGAGGGCGCAGUCGCAGACUCCGGACAGGGCUACACAGGAAGCAAUGGACGCUCAACUUCGGGAGGUUCAUCGCCUUACUCAGCAGGUUCAAACUCUGACGCAGAAUCAAAACAAAGAGAGACACCGUGCAGAACAAGCGGAGAAGAAUAUUCAAGAGUUGCAGAAACAGCUUGCUGCCGCAGCUUCGGGCGCUCCCGCGUCUAAGGAGCAGAUCGAGCAAUGGAGGAAGAUGUGUGAAGCCGAGAAGCUGAGGGCUGAUAAUGCUGAGAAACGGGUGCAGACUAUGGAGCGUCAGCUUCACGCUCAUCAGCAACAGAUUCAGCAAAUGCAGGCUAAUCUUCAGCAGCAGAAUCAGCAAAGUCAACAGAAUGGACCAGAAACUGCAAGGCUGCGAAAGGAGCUGGAACGAGCUAAAGAAGAAGUUCAGCAGGCGACAGUUGAACGAGAACGGUUCCAGGCGCAAAUCGAGAUGCUGUGUCAGGAGCUGCAGAAAAAUCAGGUCGAUCUGCACGAAGCGAACAAGAAACUUCAAGCUUCACCCGCGAAAGCUGGCGGCGAUACUAGUCAAGAGAGGAAACAAUUGGAGGACCAAAGAAGACAACUGGAAGAUCAAAGGAGACAGGGGGAGGAAAAAGCCAGGUCAGUCGAUCAAAAAGCAAGGAUGGUAGAAGAAAAGGAGAGGGCUCUCCAAAGUCUCGAUCAGGAGUUGAAGAAGCGGAAGGCCAAGAUGGACCAGCUCGAACAGCAGUUGCAAAGGAGCGGUGGAUCACCAGACAAGAGAUUGGCAGAAUUGCAAAAGACAUUGGAGAUUGCAGAAAAGGAACUGGAAAAGGCAAAAGAAGAAUCAGGAAGAAGUGCUCAGGAAACAGAGAGAUUACUGCACUUGGUGCAAAUGUCUCAAGAGGAGCAAAACACAAAGGAAAAACAGAUCAGGGAUCUGCAAGAAGCACUGAAAGCCGCACAAGCAAAGUUAAAACAAGCCGCAGCUGCACAUCAACAGGAGAACCCAAACACGAAGUCUGCUGAAGCUCAAAGCAGAGAAAUCUGGAAGCGUGAGAUUGAGGGUAAAAAUCGUAAGAUAUUGCAACUUGAGCGAGACAUGACGCUCAUGAAGAAACUUCUCAAGAGACAUUCCAAUCCAGAAGGGAUACAAGAACUUGCAGUCGAGCUUGAAAAAAGAAAAAAGAGGAUAGAGGAACUUGAAGAUACAGUUACUGAGUUUCAGGAUUUCCUCAAACACAACCCUGAUGUGAAGGAACUUCAUGAUCUUAGGUGUGAGUUAGCUGAUAGAAGCCAAAGGAUUCAAGAACUCGAAGAGUGGAUACGAAUGAAUGGAGGAAGGGACACCAAGAUUGAGAAGGAGAGGAUUAUGGAACUUGAGGAAAUGGUGACUCAUUUGGAGGACUAUGUUAAAGAACACAAUGUAGAUGUCCUGAAGCAGAAGCUUAAAGAUCGAGAAGAUAGGACAUAUCAGUUGCAGAAGCGAGUUAACACCCUGGAGAAGGAAUCUAUGAGAAAUCAAGGGACCCUGGAAAACAAGAGAGAAACUAAAAUAGAUCAUCGAGAUUGUGGAACGAUGGUUGAGGGUGAUUUAGAGGAAGAUGAAAAGGCUUCUAUUAACAGAAAUCUGAUGGAGAAGGAGCAGAAGAUGAAGGAGAUGGAGCAUGCUCUAUCAGAGAAGGACAACAGGAUCCAGGAAUAUGAACAGCAAGUCGUUGAGUGGCAGGAUAAGUUGAAUAAAUUAAAAAGGGAGAUGGACACACUGGAGAAAGAAUUGGGAGAGUACGAAGCUGAGGAUAUUGGAGUCUUAAAGGAAGAAAUCAGAGUCAGGGAUGAGAAAGUGAUACAACUGGAGGAAGAAAUUGAUUCUCUGGAGAGAGCUUUUAAUGAGAGAAUUGAUCUAGAGCAGAUUGAGGAAUUGGUAAGUCUUCUUAAGGAAAAAGAGGAUAAAGAAAAGGAAAUGGAAAUAGAUCUUAGGGAGAAGAGGAGCAGGAUUGAAGAACUGAGUGAAGCUUUGAAAGAGAGUGUAAUCAUCACUGCAGAUGGGGAGAAGAAGUUGAAGAUUGAGAUUGAUUCAAGGAAAAGUGCACUGGAGAGGGUAGGGAAAUUGGAACAGAGGAUAGCUUCUAUGCAAACAGUAUCUGCUCUCAAAUGUCCUACGUGUAGACCAUUGUUGACCAAACUUCAGAAGUCGGAAAAAAGGCUUGAGCGUCUUGCUGAGGAAAGGACACAACAAUUUGAAGAUCUUCAUCAGAUGAAACGUGAAGCUUUGAAAGCAGCACUUUUAGAGAAGGAUGCUCAUCUGGCCCUGCUGGAACUCUCUAGUCUUAAAACUACGGCUCAGAUUGAACAGGCAGAGAAGCUCAAAGCUGAGAGGAAGAUGCUGCUUGAGAAGCUAAGAGAAGAAGAUGAAAGAAGUAUAGAAUUGUCAGCAGAGUCCAGCAGUUCGAGUUUCGAAACAACGCCUCAGUCCCUGAAAAAAAUUCUUGAACCCAUCGGAGAGGUAGAUUGUGACGAUUUCGACAACAGAAAUCAUGUUGAAAAGGAAGAAAUGAUCUCCGAUAAAGGCCAGUUUAUGGACAAUGGAAAGAAUGGAACGAAGGCAAUUAAGAAAGUUAUCCGAAAGGUAACAACAAACUCCGAGAAAGCACCGGAAAGCAGAUAAGUACCCAAGGACAUUAAGAAUUGGUUUCUUCGAUGUUGUGAGUCCUAGAAAGAUCUAGAGCAUUUUUAGAGUGUAGAAACUCUUAACUUCUAUCUGUGGUGUCUCUUUAUCAUUAUGCGACACAUACACAUCCGCUGUUUCACGCAUCCGCAUCAUUCUUCAUCAUCCUCACUAUGCAUUCGCCAUUCCAUCCCAUCACUUCGGCAUCAUUAACGAACGCCGAAAAGAAGUUCAAAUCUAAGGCGGCACCCUUGAAGAAAACCCGGAGACUAGUUCAGUCAGAGAAUGUAGAAAAGACAAUUCCGUUUGGUCUUGAACUCUCGAAAAGUCUCGAAUCUCCCACAGUCGAGACUUAUCCCUGGAAAGUGUUUUGUUAAUUUUUGCUCAGCCCGAGCGUGAAAGUCUUAUCAUUAGAACUUAAGAAAAGUGGCAUCUUGUAUCGCGAAAGUGAGGACAGAAGCAGAACUUUAUCAUAGAUAAGGAAAAUAUUCGAAUUCGAGAGGUAGUCCUCCUUGCAGAAUUUUUUCUUCGUACUUUAUUUAUACUACAAGGAGAGCUUCUAAUCAGCUUCGAUCUUCCCGACCAGAGAGUCUAACUCACUUUUUUUUCUUUGCAAAGUGGAAAAAAUCGCGUCAAGUUUUACUUUGGCCCAAUGCAGGGAUAACUUAAUCAUUUAAUUACGACUGAAGGUUGUAAGCCUAACUGAAGAAGUAUACCUAAGUAAUAUAGUCAGUCUAUCUUCUUGAUCAUGAUAGUCGACACUGGGCCAAAAAUGUGCGUAAGAGUGUUAAUUUGUCCUCCGAUGACCGUAGCUGUAGACUUGAUAGGAGCUUAGCUCUAUUUAAUCGACGAGAAGGAAUCAGAAUCAGAGGACCUUUUAAAAUCACCUGCAAAUCAGCGUGAUACAAAUCAAUUUCCCAAUCCGAAUCCCAUUUACAAUUUUCCGUCAUUGUCUCUGAGUUUCCCUCGAAAGAAAAGGAGUAACUUUAGUUGUAAUCGGACGAAGUCGUAAAAUCUUGUAUUUUUUUGGAUUUCUCGUCACGGGUCCAAAGGUCGUCAUUGUAUAGCGAGUACGAUAUAGUACUAAAGUUAAAGAUAUUGAAGAGAUAAUCUAAUGUAAGCAAUACUUUGUAAAAUACGGCGCGGAAAAAAGAAUUAGGAGUUAGAAGGAAAACGUGAAAAUGAAGAGAGAAAGUGCGGCAAUGGACGAAGAGACGCAAAGAGAAGAAAAAGGACUGAGACGAAAAAGCAGUCGGACUAAGGUGCUGAAUCGUUUUUAUAAUGACAAUAAUAACCAUUCUUGCGCAUCUUGCGUCGCUUUGAACUCGGGUAAUUCGGACAAAAAAAUAACGAUAAUUUAUGAAAAUUUAAUCUCAAAGAUGGAACUUUCAGAAAGACCCGUUGAGGGAAAAUUACCUGAGGCACUUGAUCUUUUGUAAAUAUUUCAACCUGAGUCUCUCAGUUCUUCGUCCAAAUCCAAAUACCUUGAGUUAGAAUUACCAAUGCUCUUUGAAUUGAGAUUUAUUAUAUAUUGGAGCCGAAGAGGAUAUAAAUGAAAAAAAUUUAAGUAAAGUCUAUCUAAAGGCGUGUUAUCUACCCGUAAAAAAAAAUGUAUCCGUAAGUAAUGUAUACAGAGUCUAAUGGAAAAAGUCAGUGAAACAGAUGAUGAAAACGAGUUAAUUGAAAAUAGAGUGUUAAGAAAUUAUCUAGCUCGAUCUUAAUUUUAUGCCCGCAAUCGUCAACUAUAGGCUGUUAUAUUCUAGUCUUUGAUAGUCUCAGGAGAUGUUCUGAUAAGUUAAGAAAAUAUCAAUCUAAUAAAUAUAAAAUAAUUUAUAAACAAAAAGUAUUUAUCAAAUCUAUAAGACAAUUUUUGCCUGCUAUAAGUUUAUUCUAUUAUAUAAAUUCUAUCAUAGAAGAAUAUAUCUUAUAUAAACAGUUAUCAAAAUAAUGGAUCAAAAUAGGAAAUAAUUUUCGUUCUUCUUCUUUACAAUAGAGAAAAGAUAAUUUCCAACGCUCUAUGUAUGUCAGGAUACAUUAAUCGUAAUUAAUGUUUUCCUUUAGGAUAAACCUGUUUAGCAAGAAAAAAAUUCCCGACUGAAGCAGAUGUUGCACUUCCACUUUUAUUUCUUCUAAAGAGCGGAAGUGAGCUGGAGCCGCACAGUGAGGCAAAAUGACGAGAAAAUGAUCAAAAUACACUUCCGGCUACAAUUUUUAACCAAUUCAACUUUUUUUCAAAGUAAAGCUAACUAACUUCU